AUCACCCCUCCCCUCCCCGUUUCCUCCCUUCCACCCUCACUAUUCCUCUCCUGCAUGGACCUGCAGUGUGCGCGAGUGUCUCCUGUAGCUUCACUGCAGUGUAGAGGAAGGCAGGACGGCUUUAGUACGAUGCAGUAAAAGGAUGGUGCACCAGGAGAAACGUGUUUACCAGGCUCAGAGGAAUGAGAGGGAGUCGAUCAGGCAGAAACUUGCCCUUGGCAGUUUCUAUGACGACGAGCCUGUCAUCUACACCAGCUGCAGCAAGAAUGGCCCAUCCUCCUGGAAGCAGAGUGGUGUAAAUCUACAGGUGUGCUUUGUUAAUGACAGCAGCAGUGACAAAGACAGUGAUGCGGAGGACAGCAGGACAGAAACUAGUUUGGACACGCCCCUGUCUCCUGUGAGCAAACAGAGCUCAUCGCUGUCGGACCGUGACACCGCAGAGGAAGACUCUGAUCCACUAGAUGAUUGCAGUGGGUUCUGGAGGGUGCAGAGAAGGCUUCAGGAGGAGGCCCGUGUGGCGCUGGCUCUGGCCCGACCCAUGGCCCGCAUGCAGGUGGAGGUGGAGAGGCAAAUUCAGCUGCACAAGCGUUCUCCUGUGGCUGACCUGCUUCCUCAUCUGCCCCACAUCAGCGAGGCCUUAAUGAAGUGGAACCUGAGGAGAGGGGACAUGAGGGACAUGAGUCUUGGACAGCUGCAAGUCAUCACAAAUGAUUUACACUCACAGAUUCAGAGUUUAAAUGAGGAGCUGGUGCAGUUGCUGCUGAUGAGGGAUGAGCUGCAUGUCGAGCAAGACGCCAUGCUGGUUGACAUAGAGGACCUCACCAGGCAUGCACACUGCCAUCAGCGGGCCCAGACGGAGAAAGCUGUCUCUAAAUAAACAUGUCCGUCUGCACACCGAGCAACCUCCCAUUCCACACUGUGACUAGUGUUGCUGUUAAAACUCUAUCCAUGCUGACUAUUUUUGGGGCACCAAGUACAGCAUUAAUUAAUACACACAAAUAUAUCUAUAUAUUAAUGUCACACAGCAUGGUAUUAUCUUGGUAAAAUCACUAAUUUCAACGCGGAUACAAAUGAGUCCAUACAGGAUGUUCAUACACACUAAGUAAAUGUUUGCACAGUACACUCUUCAUGGAAGUUCUUGGGCAAGCCGUCAUUCUUAUUUCUAGUAGAAUAAAAAUUAGGAUCUCUUAAAAAAAUAAUAAAUAAGAUACUUAGCCUGAAAAACUUUGGCUUUCCCUCACAAUCUUUAUUUGUAGAGUGUAAUAUUUAUUUUAUAUGCCCUGUGUCAGCACUGUUCCUCACUAGAAUCAAAUCCACUCAAAUCAACUAAAAGCAUUAAAAUAAUCACCACUUUGUUUAUAAUAAUAAAGAUUGUUUAAAAUAGAUAGCAAAAGAAAAUGUGAAGGAACCAUCUUGAUAGAAAUAUGCAACAUAAUUUUUAUUUGCUUACUGCUUAGCAUACGUGUCAAACCAAUAGAUGAGAGUCUGAGAAUAAUCUAUUUUGUCUGUUUCAAAGGAUUUAUUGUAUGUAAAUGUUAAGAGGCACUUUAUUAAAAAACGAACAACAUGCCUUGAUGUGUUUCAGUGUUUUCACUCAGCUUUUUAAGAAUGUCAAACCACUCACAGGUGAAUCAUUUGCUUCAUUGAAAACAAAUGUAUGAUGAUUGUAAAAACAGAUCCAAUAAUAAAUGUUUUAAAUAUGUGAGAACAA